AUGGUGCGGAGCGUGGCCAUUAUCGGGGCCGGGGUCAGUGGGUUGGCCUCUGUCAAGUGCUGCCUGGAUGAGGGGCUGGAGCCCACCUGCUUCGAGAGGAGUGAGGACAUCGGGGGGCUCUGGCGCUACACGAACUCCAUGGACAGCGGAAGGGUCAGCGUGUACCGCUCGGUCAUUACCAAUACCUCCAAGGAGAUGUCCUGCUUCAGCGACUUUCCUUGCCCAGAAGAUUUUCCCAAUUACCUACCCCACAGCCUCCUUAUGGAGUACUUUCGGAUGUAUGCCCGGCACUUUGAUCUCCUGCGGCACAUACAGUUCAAGACAACAGUUCUCAGUGUGAGGAAGCACCCGGAUUUUGCCACCUCGGGCCAGUGGGAGGUGGUCACUGAGACCGAUGCCGUCCAUAAGUCGCACACCUUUGAUGCCGUCAUGGUUUGCACUGGCCAUUUCCAGGAGCCCUACUUACCACUGGCUUCUUUCCCAGGUAUCAACACUCGCUUCAAAGGGCAGUACCUCCACAGCCGGGAAUACAGAGAUGCGGAGGCUUUCCGGGGAAAGAGGGUCCUUGUGGUCGGCAUUGGCAACACAGGCGGUGACCUCUCUGUGGAACUGAGCCAUGUGGCUGCGAAGGUGUUCCUCAGCGUCAGGAGCAGCACAUGGGUGUUCAGCCGGGUCUCAGACCAAGGCUUCCCCUUGGACAUGAUCAGCACCACCCGCUUCAACCACUUUCUUGACUGGCUUCUCCCAUCAGCCCUCACGAGGAGGAUCAGGUUUCGGAAGUUCAAUUCAUGGUUUAACCACACAAACUAUGGCUUGGCUUCCACCAAAAGCUCCAACUUUAAGGUAAUUAUUAAUGAAGAGCUGCCAUUUUGCCUCCUCUCUGGGACUGUUGUGUUGAAGUCAAAUGUGAAGGAGUUCACUGAAAACUCUGCUAUUUUUGAAGAUGGGACAACUGAAGAAAACAUUGAUGUGGUGGUCUUUGCCACGGGCUACAUCUUCACAUUCUCUUUCCUUGAAGAGUCAGUUCGCAGCCUCUUUGACGAUAACCGUUCCCUCUAUAAACGCAUCUUUCCUCCCCAGCUGGAAAAGCCAACACUGGCCAUCAUUGGCUUAGUCCAGCUGACUGGCUCUGUGAUGGUGGGAGCAGAAAUGCAGGCUCGCUGGGUGACGGGGAUCUUUGCAGGCUGGAACAAGCUCCCUCCCACCAGCAAGAUGAUGGCUGAUGUUUUAAAGAAGAAGCCACUGGCUGAAAGGAAUCCAUCUGAAAGGAAGAACUUGAAGAUGAGUUUUAUCAGCUACACUGAUGAAAUUGCUUCAUGUGCUGGCAUAAAGCCCAGCAUGCUGAAGCUGCUCCUGACGGACCCACAGCUGGCCCUGGCCAUCUUCUUCGGUCCCUGCUCACCCUACCAGUACCGACUGGUGGGACGAGGGAAGUGGAGAGGGGCCAGAGACGCCAUCCUGACCCAAUGGCAGCGGACACUGAAGCCCUUGAGAACUCGGGUGGUGGAUGACUCUUCCAACAGCUCCUCCAGCUGGUGCCAGAUGUGCCUCCUGGCCCUGCCAGUGGCUCUCACAGCAGGUUUCCUGAUUUCUAAAUACCCUCAGCUGGGCUGGAGCCACCGGGCAGGUUCCCAGCUGUAG